GGGACAUGUCAAUGGCAGCCUCUGUGCAAAGGCCCCCCUCCCUGCUGCCUUCUCUACUCUAUCGAGUGGUUAGGUACGAGGUUAGCCUAGUGCUGCAGGCUUGGGGUCCCCAGAUGGAAGACUCCAGGCCAGUGCUAAUGCCUGGACUAUCACAUGUCAGACUGGACAUGGUGCUCAUCCUCAUACUGAUUUGCCUGCCAGGACUAUGCUGUGACCCGGGAGCAGUAUAUUACUCUUCCUAUGAAACAGUCAUUCCCAGGAGUCUGGCCGUGCAGGGCAGGCAUGAAGAUCCAGUGGAAAAGGCAUCCUAUGUGCUCUUGAUGCAGGGCCAGAAGCAACUGAUUCACCUCAAGGUGAAGAGAGAGUAUUUUGUGAAGGACUUUCCAGUCUUCAGCUACCACAAUGGCAUCCUGGGCCAAGAAAUGCCAUUCAUCUCACAUGACUGUCACUAUGAAGGCUACAUAGAAGGAGUCCCGGGCUCUUUUGUUUCUGUCAGCACCUGUUCAGGUCUCAGGGGCAUCCUGGUUAAAGAGGGAACAUCGUAUGGCAUCAAGCCCCUGGAGACUUCACAACGGUUUGAACAUGCCUUGUACACCGUGGCACAGCAGGCUCGAGCCUCCUGUGGCGUCUCUGCCAAAGACAGCCAGGCAGUGCCCACCAGCAGGCAACAAGAGCACAGGAAGCCCAGCAGUGCAGAGGCGCUGUCCUCCCUAUGGACACGCACCAAGUACGUGGAGAUGUUUGUCGUGGUCAACCACCAGCGGUUCCGGAUGUGGGGCAGUAGCAUCAACGAGACAGUCCAGAGAGUGAUGGACAUCACUGCCCUGGCCAACGGCUUCACCAGGGGCAUCAACACAGAGGUGGUGCUGGCUGGAAUGGAGAUUUGGACCGAGGGGGACCUCAUAGAGGUUCCAGAGGACUUGGGAGUUUCGCUGAGGAAUUUCAAUAGCUGGAGACAAGAGACACUGUCGGCUCGGGUGAAGCAUGACGUCGCCCACAUGAUUGUUGGUCAUCAUCCUGCAGGGGCCAUGGGCCAGGCGUUUCUCAGUGGCGCCUGCUCACGAGGCUUUGCAGCAGCUAUUGAAUCCUUCUAUCACGAAGACGUCCUCCUCUUUGUGGCGCUCAUGGUCCACGAGCUGGGGCACAACUUGGGUAUUCAGCAUGACCACCCUGCCUGCAUUUGUAAGGAUCAACACUUCUGCCUCAUGCAGGAAGGCAUCACUCCGGGAAGUGGUUUCAGCAACUGCAGCUCUGACUACUACUAUCACUUCCUGAGGGAACACAGAGGGGCCUGCCUGUUUGACAGGCCUCAGCACAAAAGCCGCAGGCGUAGGGAUGCCCUGUGUGGAGAUGGUGUGGUGCAGGCAGGUGAGCAGUGUGACUGUGGGUCUGACUGUGACAGUCACCCGUGCUGUGAGGAGACAUGUACUCUGAAGGACGAUGCUCAGUGUAGUGAGGGACUCUGUUGUUCUGACUGCCAGCUGAAAAGGAGGGGGUCCACUUGCCGUCCUGCUUUAGGAGAGUGUGACCUCCCAGAGUACUGCAGCGGUACCUCCAGUGAAUGCCCCAAGGACAGGUUCAAGCUGGAUGGUACACAGUGUGAUAUUGUUCACUACUGUGUUGGCGGCCAGUGUCAGGACCCUGAUAUUCAAUGCAUGAAUAUCUAUGGGGAAGACGCCAGGUCGGCCUCUGAAGAUUGCUACCUCGAAAUGAACAGCAAAGGGAACCGAUUUGGAAACUGUGGCUAUCCUGCUAGUGCUAACCAGCCGUAUGUCAAGUGUUUUGAUGAGGAUGUAUUUUGUGGGAAACUUAUAUGUACAAAUAUUAAGAAGGUACCACCCAUCAGCCCUUACUCUGUACUGAUCCAGGUUGCUCACCAAGAUGACUUCUGCUGGAGCAUGGAUGCCCAUGCCACUGUGGAGCUGCCUGAGAGUGGAGACGUGCACAGUGGCACCUACUGUGCUCCAGACAAAGUGUGCAUGAACCACUCCUGCACCGAUUAUGGCGUGUUCAACUAUGACUGUGAACCAGGCUCCAUGUGUAAUGGGAAAGGGGUUUGUAACGACUUAAGACAUUGCCAUUGUGACUAUGGCUAUGCCCCUCCUGGCUGUGUAGAUCCAGGGAAUGGGGGUAGUGUGGACAGCGGUCCUCCAGCCAAACCUGAUGAUGGAAAUCCAAGUGAAAAUGACAUUUAUAUUCGUAGUGGUGAUCUAGGUCAGUCUGGUAGAGAUGGUGAGAAUAAAGAUGAAAACAAACCCCUGUAUCAGAUAAUGUACAUAUUCCCCUGGUUUCUGUUAGGUUUUUUUCUAAUUCUAAUUAUUGUUGCCGUUUGGGGGGCUAGAAAAGAGACAUGUCAGGGCUCAGAAGACACCCAGGAACAUACUGAAGAGGAAAUUAUAAGAGAAGAUGACUUAGGUAGAAGAGAGGAAGAACUAGAGGGAGAUAAAGAGGAGUAGUAGGAAAACUAAAAAAAAAAAAGUAGAUAAAAAUAGCAAAUGCCUGACACGGUGGGUAGGAGAAAGGCUGUGAGGUGGCCAUGCACACUGGUGCCUGAAUGGCUCUGUGGGGCUCUGUGGUCUGUGAUAGUGCACUGAUGAAAGAGUGAGGACUUUUACCUUUAUAUUAGCAAUUGGUGAUAUAUACAUGCAAGAUAAUUCAUAAAUGCCAUUUUACUUUCUCCCUUUUUCAGCAUCUCAUGAGACUUGAAAUAAAAUGUUCUCACAUA